UAGAACUGAAGAAAAAGAAAAGAAAGGAAAACAUCGGCAUGAAAGAAAGUGGAUUACAGUGGCCGCUGGCUCUGAAUGGCUGCUCUAAGUCUAAGGUUUGUUUGGAGAUUUGGCGCUUCUCCCAUGGUGAAACUGGAUGCGCAACGACCCCCAUCAACGUCUUCUUACGCUGCCAACGAAAUGCCUCUUUCUAUCCAAACCCGCACUGCCGGCGGCGCCACUGCGGCCAUUUCCAAUCUUAACUCUGCGCAGCAGACAACCAGCAGAAAGCUUCCGAUUCUUCUGUUCGACAUCAUGGACACUCUUGUUCGGGACCCCUUUUAUGACGAUAUUCCUGCCUUCUUCGGAAUGUCAAUGAAGGAGCUUCUAGAAUGCAAGCAUCCGACUGCAUGGAUUGAGUUCGAAAAAGGACAUAUUAAUGAGAUGGAGCUGGCUCAAAUAUUUUUUAAAGAUGGAAGACCAAUUGAUUUGGAAGGCCUAAAAAGCUGCAUGAGACAAGGAUAUUCUUACAUCAAAGGAGUUGAAGGGUUACUAGUUGAUUUAAAGAGUAGUGGAUAUGAAAUGCAUACGGCAACUAAUUAUCCGAUCUGGUAUGAAAUCAUUGAAGAGAAACUAAAACUCUCCACGUACAUUUCCUGGACAUUUUGUUCAUGCAUAAUGGGAAAAAGGAAGCCCGACCCAGAAUUUUACACGGAUAUCUUGAAGCACUUGAAGGUUGAUCCGGCAUGCUGUGUCUUUAUCGAUGACAGGGCGAAAAAUGUAGAUGCUGCUGCCGAUGCUGGCUUUAUCGGUAUUCAGUUCAAUGAUGCAGAUUCAUUGCGGGAGGAUCUCUCUCGGUUGGGCAUUCUUUCCGGCGGCACAAGCUGACUCUGAUAAAUACCAGCAUUUCUCGUUGCAGUGACUGCAAGGUAACAAAUUCUAAUUCUGCUACUGUCUUUUUGGUCGAGCCUGUUAUUACAGGUUUGUUUAAGGUGGCUUAUGUACCUGAUAUUAUUUGCAGGAUAUUAUGUCCGAUAAGCUCGGAAUUCCUUGUCAAUUGUGAAAAUUUUUAUAAUAAGACUAUUUAAAUUUUAUUGAAAAUACACUUAGGGUGUGUUUGUUUGGAGGAUUGGAUUGGAUUUAUAUUAUUCAUUCAAUUUUUUCCCCUAAUAAACAUCAAAUCAAACACUUAUUUUUCAUUUUUUAUGUUAUACUAAAAAUCAAUUUUACAUUCAAAACAUCACAUCAAUACUUAUUUAUAUCACAUCGUACAACUAUUCAAAUUCAAAAUUUUUACUAUUCAAAUUCCAAUUCAAAAUCCAAACCCCCAAACAAACACACCCUUAAAGUGCCAUCAUUUUUUUUUUCCUUUAAAGUUAAUUGUUAUAGUAAAAUUACUAUUAGAAGUGUUAAAAUGGUUGAGUCCUGUUGGGCUGAUCUAUUUUGCCCCACUUUUAAAGUUGGUUGGGUUUUAUACUUUUAAGUCUUUUAAAAUACGGCCUUAAACAAGCCAACUUACACUGGCGUCAGGUUGAGAGCGAAUUAAGGCCGUUUGAAAUGACUUCUGCUAGAAGUCUAAAAGGACAUUUUGUACAUGUUU